GAAAAAAAAGACAAGGCAAGAGUUUCAGUUUUUCUGUACAAUAUUUAAUUCGCGCGGGCUUAAAGUUGAAAAAUAUUGUAUUUUAAAUUAAAGAAAUUAGAAUUUUCUAUGAAUAUUUAUUAAUUUGUUCUAGUAAUUUGAUUUUUAAAAUUUAACACUACUCCUUUGUGUAUUUAUUUUAUAAUAAUGCUUGGGUGAAAAUUUUUUUCUUGUAACCUUUUGUGUUUUGUAUCUAAUAACUAUAUUUAAAUAGAGAUUAAAUUUAAAACCUUAAAAAGUUUUAUUUUAAAUUUCCCCAACUCUUAUAUUGAAAAACAUAUUAUUUUACACUAAAUAUUAUUAAAAAAAAAACAUUUAAGUCAAAAUGUCUAUUAAUAUGGCAGUAUCUCGUAUUAAACGAGAAUUUAAAGAAGUCGUCAAAAGUGAAGAGAUUGUGCAAUGUUCAAUAAAAAUAGAAUUGUUAAACGAUAGCUGGACAGAAUUAAAAGGUGAAAUUGGUGGUCCACCAGAUACACCAUAUGAAGGUGGGAAAUUUUUGUUGGAAAUAAAAGUGCCAGAAACUUAUCCAUUUAAUCCCCCUAAGGUUCGAUUUAUCACAAAAAUAUGGCAUCCAAAUAUUUCAUCUGUUACGGGAGCUAUUUGUUUAGAUAUAUUAAAAGACAAUUGGGCUGCUGCUAUGACUUUAAGAACAGUUCUUCUCUCAUUACAAGCGCUUUUGGCUGCGGCUGAGCCAGAUGAUCCCCAAGACGCUGUAGUAGCUACACAAUAUAAAGAAAAUUAUCCACUUUUUGUACUUACCGCUAGGCAUUGGACAAAUGCAUAUGCUGGAGGUCCUCAUAAGUUUGCUGAUUGUGAUGCUAAAAUUCAACGCUUAAGAGACAUGGGUAUUGAUGAACAUGAAGCCAGGGCUGUUCUAUCAAAAGAAAAUUGGGAUAUUGAAAAAGCGACAGAGAAUUUAUUUAGUUAGCUUUAUUUUCUUAUUUAUGAUAAUAAUUUAUAUAAAAAAUGGUAAUAAUUUUCCUGUUCAA